GGGAUCAGGAGCCAGAUAAAGACCAAGACGGCUUCUACCUGUCUGGUGUGCAGCAGAUUGUCAUGCAGAUGCUGAUGGAAAACGUUCAGUUGGCGUCUGCCCUGGGUGAGGGCCUAGAGAGCCGCAUGAGAACAGCUGCACUCUGCGAGAUGGAGAACUGCCUGGUAUGGUUACGGGAGACUCUGGUGAAAUAUGGGAUAGAACAUAUGAAGGAGCGAACCUUCCCGCCACAUUAUAUCCCCUACCUCCUGGCCAUUAUAAACGCAUGCUCUGCUCUCAGGUAUCUGUUUGGAUUGAUUCCCCAAAUGUGUGAUUUC